CCGCCUUUAAUCGGAAAGCCGAAUUAAUAAAAAUUUGAUUAAUUACAGCACCCAAAUCCAAACGAAAUCAUCUCCUCUCCUCUCCUGGUACAAAACCUAAAACCCUCUAUUCUUAUUUUCCCUCUCUCUCUCUCCUGCAACAUUUCCUCAUUGCUUCUAUCGCUUCUCUUGUCAUAGAUCUCUAUCUUUCUUUGAUAUAUGGACAAGCAUCAGGGCGGCCAAGAUCGAAUCGUCUCCACUGGAGAGAGACCUGUAAAGUCAGAUAUCUUGAAAGAGCAGCCACUGUUGCCCAAAGAUGAAAGACUAGUUUCGGUGAAUCCUUCUCCAGCUGCAGUCAUCAUAGGGCCUUCAGGUGAUGCUACAGAACAACCCAAGUCUUCAGAUGUUAGUGGAGAACGAAGCACCCCCCAUCCGCUUAAUUUGUAUUCAUCUCAUGAAGGGGACAUUUAUGGUGGUUAUGGCAGUAACACUGGUGCUUGGGAUGGAUAUUCGCCAUAUAAUACUGAUGGAAUGCAUGUUUUAUCACCAGUCAUCUACAAUGAUAAUCCUUCUCUUCUGUUUCACUCUGGUUAUGGCUUCAAUUACGAAAUUGCAUUUGGACAGUAUUCACCAGUCGCUGGUCCUUUGCCUUCUGUAAUGGUAGAUGGCCAACUUUAUUCUACACAACAGGUCCCUUGCUCUCCAUCUUAUUACCCCCAGCCAUCUGAGUUGAUGAGACCAGAAAGUAGUAGCACUGACAACAUAGGUUAUGGGCCAGGACCAGGUUACGUGGUAAAUUAUAGAUCAUUUAGUGGAGAUCUGUCUGGACAUCUUGGUUCUAGUCCUUUAGCAUCUCCAACAAUUUAUCCUCCACCAAUGGGCAUUCUUGGGUCAUACGAAUACAAUGCUGGGCAGAUUUCUCAACAACAGAGACCAAUGCAUGGAUAUGGAUUGGUUUCAAGUUCCUUUGGUGGACGCUAUCCACAUGGUAGUUCUUACCAGAGCUCAAACUAUGGUGGUGCUUCAUAUUCGUUUGGUAAUGACCGGAACCGACUAAAUGUUGACAAGACCAGAAGAAGAGAGAGGGACUGGGACUCUAUUUCCGUCAAUAAUAAUUCACAUGAUAUAUUCAAUGACCGCAACAGAGGACCAAGGGCUUCAAAGAUGAAGGGAAAGAGUACUUCUGACCAGAGUUCUUCAUCUAGUGUUAGGAAAAUGGAUCCAUCUGCUUCUGGAUUUAACCUUGAUUCAUUGAACCAGCUAAUUUUUGUCACAGAUUACAAGGAUGCAAAAUUCUUUAUCAUUAAGUCUUUCAGUGAGGACAACAUUCACAAAAGUAUUAAAUACAAUGUUUGGGCUAGCACGCCUCAUGGAAACAAGAAACUUGAUGCUGCUUAUCAUGAGGCAAAGAAGAUAAAAUGCAGCUGCCCAGUCUUCCUAUUCUUUUCGGUUAAUGCUAGCAGACAGUUUUGUGGGGUAGCUGAAAUGGUUGGUCAUGUAGAUUUUGAGAAGGAUGCUGAUUACUGGCAGCAAGAUAGGUGGAGUGGGCAAUUUCCAGUUCAGUGGCAUAUUGUUAAGGAUGUUCCUAACAUCCGGUUCCGUCACAUUCUACUUGAAAAUAAUGAUAAUAAGCCUGUCACGCACAGCCGAGAUUGUCAGGAGGUGAAUCUGAAACAAGGUAUUGAGCUGGUGAAAAUUUUCAACGAUUUUGAUGCACGAACAUCUAUUAUAGAUGACUUUGAAUUUUAUGAUGAGCGGGAAAAAUCCUUGAAGGAAAGGAAAGUUAAACAAGAAGCUAGUUCGACUACAGAUGCUUCUGAUUCAGUUGGCGUUGAUUCUGUUAAGGAAAUUUCUGAUAGUUUUGAUCAUGCCCUGCAGUUGAAAGGAAGUAACGGCAAAGAAGUAGCAAAAACCGAACAUGACAUUAGCUCUAAAACAGAAGCUGCUUCAGCAAUCCUUGAACAUGAUUCCUCUAUGGACCAAAUAUCUGAUAGCUUAUCUCAAGUAUUGCAGUUGGAAGAGGGUGACAAAGACUUAGCACUGCCAUCUGAAAGUAGUAAUGAUGGAGACGACAGCAAAUCGGUUGACAGGAAGGCGACAGGUGUAUCAACUACUAGUGCUUAGGCAUUUUAGGCAUGCAUGCAGCGACAACAUACUAGUAGGUGUACCUUUGUGAUUUUUAAGAGUAGUUCACUCAUUGACAAAGCACGAGGUGGUAAUUUCGUCAUCUCAAGCAGUCAGGAUGCAAGCUGACUCCGUUUUAUAACCUUUUUUUCCCUUUACUUGAUGAUCAGUUGUCCAGAACAAUUAGGUGGUACUCGAGGGGGGCGUGCUUGGCAGGAAGGCUGUUUAGUUUUGUAUCUGAAGCUCUGUUUUCUUUAUUGUAGGGUUAGAAUUAGAUUUUUGGUUUUGGCGAUGUGGAGGUAGUUUGUUGAAAGCAAUGCAGGUUGUGGGUAUUUGUAUACUACGUCUCUCUCUAGGAGAUACCUUUUAGAGGUUGUAACUUUAGAGUUGUCCAACUGGUGUUCUGCUGGCGGCUCAGCUGGGUAACGGAGCG